AUGAUAAAGACCGAUUCUGUGACAGAUUCUCUUAUGUGGAAGUUUUCAAACUCAGUGGAUUUUAAAGUUAAAAAGGCUUAUGAGAUUCUUUUGGAAGAUGCUAAUAUGUCAGCCAAUGCAACUCUUAGACCCCUUGUUAUCCCUGAUGCUGUGUGGAACACUUUAUGGAAGGUUAGACUUCCCUUGAAAAUCUGCAACUUGGUCUGGAAGGUAAUCCAUGAUAGCUUGCCAACAUUUCAGACUUUAAAGGGGAGGGGAAUUCCAAUUGCUGCCCUCUGCCCCUUUUGUGACUGUGAUGAGGAGUCUUCUAGCCAUCUUUUCCUUCAUUGCCAUUUUGCUAGAGCUUGUUGGUAUGGUUCAGCUCUAGCCCUGCAUACUUCCUCCCUUGGUCCUAUAACUGUUCAGCAGUGGAUCAUUAAUUCCAUUAGUAGACAUCAGAGAUUGGAUGAGAGUGACUUGGAAUCUUUGCAGCGGACUUUCAUUACUCUUUGGGCUAUCUGGAAUCAUAGAAACCGGGUGAUUCAUGAGGGAGUUACUCCUGAUCCAAUGAAUGUCAUUUUAACCUCUCAAAAUCUGUUUUGCAGGUACCAUGAGAUCUAUCAAAAGCAUUACUAUACUGAGCAUAGGAUAUCUAGGCAGAAAAUUAUGGAGCAAGGGUUUCAAGGGCAAUGGAGCAUCAUCCUCAAGAUUUCUGGUGUCAAGCAUGGAAGAAAGAAAAGAGCUGCUUUUGCUUAUGAGGCUAGGAACAGGCAGGGUACAGUGGUGUUCUACGGAUGUAGCAGCAGUGCCGCUAACUCAGUCCCAGUUGCUUUGCUUGAAGGUCUUAGAGAAGCAGCUGUAACAGCUUUUAGGCUUCAAUACAACCAGAUUUUGGUUUUGAGCAAUUGUAAUUUUUUGGUUCAGUUGUUUAACACAGGCCAAGUACCGGAUUGGGAAGGAAAAACCUUGUUUGCUGAUCUGCAGUCCUUAAAGCAAAGGGGUUUUUGUCUUUCCUUCCGUUGGAUCCCUGCUUUUGUGCUUGUUAAUGUAUAUAAUAUGGCUGCUAUGGCCUCCAGUGCUCCCAUGCACUUUCAAUGGCCACAGCACCUAACGUUGUAG